CGGAAAGGUCUGCCCGCUUUGGCUCUCACCUAUUUGUUCCUUACGUAGCGCGGAGCCGUGAAUCGGCAGCGUCGCUUUUCUGACCUUUGGUUUUGUUGAUUGAAAACGGUUUUUUGCAUUUAGUUCUUCGUUUCUUUUAAAUGACCGGUGGGGUGUUCACCCAGAACAGAUACAGGCAGCGAAGUAACAAGCGCCGUAAAAAUAAUUAAGCAUGGGCAAAGGAGAUCCUAAGAAGCCGAGAGGCAAAAUGUCAUCAUAUGCCUUCUUUGUGCAAACUUGCCGGGAGGAGCACAAGAAGAAGCACCCAGAUGCUUCCGUCAACUUCUCAGAGUUUUCUAAGAAGUGCUCAGAGAGGUGGAAGACCAUGUCUGCUAAAGAGAAAGGAAAGUUUGAAGACAUGGCAAAGGCGGACAAGGCCCGUUAUGAAAGAGAAAUGAAAACUUAUAUCCCUCCUAAAGGGGAAACAAAAAAGAAGUUCAAGGAUCCCAAUGCACCCAAGAGGCCUCCUUCGGCCUUUUUCUUGUUUUGUUCUGAGUAUCGUCCAAAAAUCAAAGGAGAACAUCCUGGCCUAUCCAUUGGCGAUGUUGCAAAGAAGCUGGGAGAGAUGUGGAAUAACACUGCUGCAGAUGACAAGCAGCCUUAUGAGAAGAAGGCCGCGAAGCUGAAGGAAAAGUACGAGAAGGAUAUUGCUGCAUACCGAGCUAAAGGGAAGCCUGAUGCAGCAAAAAAGGGAGUCGUCAAGGCUGAAAAAAGCAAGAAAAAGAAGGAAGAGGAGGAAGAUGAGGAAGAUGAAGAGGAUGAGGAGGAGGAGGAAGAUGAAGAGGAUGAAGAGGAAGAAGAAGAUGAUGAUGAUGAAUAAGUUGGUUCUAGCGCAGUUUUUUUUUUUUCUUGUCUAUAAAGCAUUUAACCCCCCUGUACACAACUCACUCCUUUUAAAGAAAAAAAUUGAAAUGUAAGGCUGUGUAAGAUUUGUUUUUAAACUGUACAGUGUCUUUUUUUGUAUAGUUAACACACUACCGAAUGUGUCUUUAGAUAGCCCUGUCCUGGUGGUAUUUUCAAUAGCCACUAACCUUGCCUGGUACAGUAUGGGGGUUGUAAAUUGGCAUGGAAAUUUAAAGCAGGUUCUUGUUGGUGCACAGCACAAAUUAGUUAUAUAUGGGGAUGGUAGUUUUUUCAUCUUCAGUUGUCUCUGAUGCAGCUUAUAUGAAAUAAUUGUUGUUCUGUUAACUGAAUACCACUCUGUAAUUGCAAAAAAAAGAAAAAAAAGUUGCAGCUGUUUUGUUGACAUUCUGAAUGCUUCUAAGUAAAUACAAUUUUUUUUAUUA